AUGAACUUUCAAAUCUCUUUGAUAUUUUUCACAUUUUUACAAGUGAUACUGGCAGCCCCAUUGCCCUACUAUGUCACAGUCACAGCCCCAGAUACUUAUGUCACCACCAUUAUUCCUGUCGCAGAAGUCAUUAUCAGCGAUGGCCAAACUACAACAAUCCAAUUAACUACUCUUGUUACGCAGACUAGCCCUGCAGCUGAUCCUACUACACUUGCCACAGAGACCAAUCUUCCAGCAGACCCAACCACCGAGAACACAGAGACUACUCCUGAAACCACAGUUGAUUCUGUAACCCCUGCUACUUCUGAAACUACAUCUACUCCAGCGUUAACCACAUCGGACUGUACCUCAACUUCAAUUAGUGUUGAUUCUAAUGGCGUUGCACAUGUUUGGGUCACUCUUGAUAAGACAGUUUUAGUUGGUACUGAUGGUGUACCUUUUGACACACAAACUGAGCAAUUGCCUCAGGCAACUGAAACACCAGUAAGUACUUCUUCUACACAAACAAGUGUCGAUUUAGUUGGCAAUAAUAAUGUUGCAGCUGCUACUUUAUCAACCGACACUACUAGCUCCUUUACUUCUGCAACUACAGGUUCUACUUCCCCAACCACACAAUCUACACCAAACACAACCAAUACCUCUUCUGAAGAUUCUACUUCGGCAAUUUCUACCACUUUGGCAACGGAGACAACCAGCUCCUCAUCGGCACAAGAUUCUUCUAGUGAGACCAGCUUGUCAAUGAAUACUGAUGCGGCAGGUAAGGACAAACCAUUUGUUACCACAUGGGCUAAUGGUGAAGUAUUUUACUCCUCUUUACCAUUCAGUCUUGUUCCUUCAGAGGAAGUUGCUCCUAAUGUUGCCCUUACCACCACAACUUUGACCAAUAUUAAUGACGCACCUACCACUACAGCGCUGUUGAGUCUAGUUUCGAGUAGUGAUAAACUGUUACUGCCUACUUUAACUGUCGGUUUACCAAAGGAUAAAAACGUGAACACUAACAUGGCAGAUCCGGCAACUGUUUCUGUUACCAACACAAAGCAAGUUACUACACCGGUCAUAGUAACGACCUCUUCAACUUCUUCUACUACACCAACUGCAGAUUCUACUUCUUCUUCCAGCCCAGAUGACGUUCUUCAAGAUGAGCAAACUUCUACAAGCGCUGCCUCGAGCUCGGCAUCCUCAGACUCCGGCCUUUUGACAAAGGCUCCCUACUCAAUUGUCUAUUCCCCAUACAACAACGAUAAUUCAUGUAAGAGCUACACCACCGUAUACACUGAUCUCAAAUUGAUUGCAUCCAAGGGAAUUAAGGAGAUUAGAAUCUAUGGUAACGAUUGUAAUUAUCUGACUACAGUUUUGAAUGUUGCAAAUAAGUUGGGUUUGAAAGUUAAUCAAGGUUUCUGGAUUUCUCAAGAUGGUGCAAAUUCCAUUGACGAUGCAGUUGAUAACUUCAUCACCUACAUUUCCUCCGGUGCAGCAGAAUACAGUUGGGAUUUAUUCUCUUAUAUCACAGUUGGAAAUGAAGCGAUUAUCUCUAACUAUUGUUCAGUUGAUGACUUAAUUAAUAAAAUCUCAGAAGUUAAGGGCAAGUUAAAUGCUGCAGGUUAUUCUGGUAAAAUUACUACUUCCGAGCCACCUGUCAGUUUUGAAAACAACCCACAGUUAUGUACCGACUCUGAAAUUGAUUUUGUUGGUAUAAAUCCACAUUCCUACUUUGAUGUUUAUUCCUCUGCAGAUAAUUCUGGUGUUUUUGUUGCCGGUCAAAUUGAGAUUGUAAAACAAUAUUGUGGUGAUAAAGAUAUCGUUGUUACUGAAACUGGUUACCCAAGUGCUGGUAAUGUGAACGGUGAUAAUGUCCCUAGUGUUGAAAACCAAAGAAUUGCGGUUCAGAGUAUUUUGGACGUUGUUGGUACUGAUGUUACUAUCUUAUCUACAUACGAUGAUUACUGGAAACAACCAGGUCCAUACAAUAUUGAGCAACAUUUUGGUAUAAUCCAACUUCUCCCAUCAGUUUGA